GCCCGCAGGUUUUUUUCUCCCUAAUUUUUCAAAACUGUUACGGUCGGUCGUAGUCCGUUGUAAAUUAUCAGAAAAUUAAAGGCCGUGGUUGCUUUAAAAGAUGAAUAAAGCGCCAGAAAAGGCAUGCAAGCGAGACAAUAACAAGAAAAUGUCUUUGCAAAAGGCAAGGAAUGCUUGUAUACCUAAGCAGUCCGGUACUGCAGCCCAUGUGGAGAAUAAGGAAGAAAAUCCUUCAGUUAAAAGGGCUUCUGCCUCACCCCAAGGAGCCCCAAAGAAAAGAUCUGCAUUUGUGGAUAUAACCAAUGCCAGCAACUGCGCGCCCAACAACAACCAGAAGAUGACCGUUAAGAUGAAGCAGAAGAGCAGCGCGGUCAAAAAAGAGGCCGCAGUGAAGAAGUACGAUCCUGCGAAAUUGGUGGUGCAGCCUGAGAAUGUUAAAGUAGCAGAGCAAGUUGCAUUAGAGGAGCCUGCGGAAACUCCAAAGGGGGAGGCUUCCCAAAGCCAGCUGUCUGUAGAAAGGGUGAUACAGGUGCCUGAGGACUUUGACAUCGACACAAAAAAUCUGAGUGACUGCGGUAUGGCACCGGAGUAUGCCAUGGAUAUCUUUGGCUACCUAAAAACAAGAGAAGAGAAGUUCAUCUUGGAGAAUUAUAUGCACAAGCAGAGUGACCUGAACGAGGACAUGAGAAGCAUCCUGGUGGACUGGAUGGUGGAGGUGCAGGAGAACUUUGAGCUGUACCACGAGACGCUCUACCUGGCUGUGAAGCUCACAGACCACUACCUGUCGACCUCCGUGAUCACGAGGGAAGUUCUGCAGCUCAUUGGCUCCACGUCCAUGCUGAUCGCCUGCAAGUCUGAGGAGCGCUGUCCGCCCUGUGUCGAUGAUCUCCUGUACAUCUGUGACGAUGCGUACAAGCGGGACGAGCUGAUCGCCAUGGAGAGGAAUAUCCUGAUGGCCCUGAACUUUGACAUCAACAUCCCAGUUGCCUACAGCUUCCUGCGUCGAUACGCCAGGUGUGUGCAGGCCGACAUGGUGACCCUGACACUGGCGCGCUAUGUGUGCGAGCGGAGCUUGCUGGAGAUGGAGUUCAUCUCUGAGAGAGCGUCUCUCCUGGCGUCUGGCUGCCUGCUGAUCGCCCUCAUCCUGCAGGGUCUCGGCGGAUGGAAUGCCUGCUUGGAGUACCACACAGGGUACUCUGUCUCCGCCCUCGCCCCCCUGGUGCAGAGACUUUACGCUAUGUUGGCUCGGCCCUCCAGUGAAAAACUGAAGGCCGUGACCAAUAAGUACUCCCACAGUGUCUUCUUCGAGGUAGCCAAAACUCCUCUGGUCACUCUGGAGAAGCUCAGGGCAACUCUGAACUGAAGCACCCCCUACAGCAUGGGAAAACUAUGCAAAACUGUAAAUAUGUAUGUAUAGUCUUAUAGCGUCUUCUGUAAUAAUGUCCUGUUUGAUUGUAGGACCAUGGUUUUCUAUGGUUUUAUAUGUACUAUGUAUUCUAAGGUUUUAUUGUAUAAAUAGAUCAGCAAUUGUACAAAGAAAAUUUGGCAAAUUUUUUUUAUGCGAACAAUUCUAAUAGAAUUGACUUUUAUAGUGUUCUUAAUUGAUAAUGUUCCAAACAACUUUGGAGUGUUUCUGAAUAACAUUCAUUAUGUAGGUUACUGGCUUUUCUCCGUAUCAUAUUACCCACCAUGGUAUUUAUAAUUUAUUCAUAGAGUUCAGUGUUUUGUGAAUAAGGAUAAAAUUUGUUUUUUGCCCCCAAAUGCCCUGGUUCUUUGAAAUAAAUGUUUACCCUGCGUAUAAUGAUGCAGUUCUUAUUCUGGGCAGCAGAGGGCAGUUUUGGCAAACUUUAGGAAUCCAUCAUCAAUACCACUAUUGUGAUUAGAGGUAGAAAUUUUUGUUUGUGGUUUUUUUUUUUUUUUAAACAUACCCUGAUGUAAUAAUUAUGCAGCACGGUUACGAAGGCUUUAAGGAAAAUACAGAAGUGGACAAAUUGCAGACGGUCCCAAGUUCCCCCUUUUACAUUGUCAUUGCAGUUAUCUAAUAGCGAGUGACUGUGCCAUUAAAGCUUUUGGCAGAUAUUGUCAA